AUGCCGUUAGUCCUAGCCCAUCUGCCCCACGGUCGCGCCCUGCCCCAGGCUGCGUCGCGCCGCUAUCAUGUCAAGGGCGACACUAACGUGGCCAUCAGACUCCGGAAGGGAAUCACUGUCAACAACCACACGGGCGCCUUCGAAGACGACGACGACGACUUCACCGACGACGACUCGGCCGGCAUCCAGGUAGUCUCGGCCAGCGAGGACGAGUACAGCACCUCGGACGCGACCGACGAAGACGCCGAGGAGGAGCAGAGCGACGACGACAUCCCAGAGGACGACACAGACGACAACGAAGAGGACGAGGGCUCGUGGGACUACAUCGACGAGAUCAACCCUUCCGACUCUGCCUCGCGCCCUCGCCUUGUCCACCGUCAGCCUGCGCCGCACCACGCAAUCCCCCCACCUGCUGUAGCCCCCCCGCGAGCACCUCGACCCAAGCCCUCGCACCGCGACCGAGCCUCUUCGCGCCACGCAGCCCCCGUACCAGACCCUCCCUCGCGCCUCCCGAGCCACAGCCGCAGCCGCAGCCGCAGCAAGCUGGAGCGCGCACGCAGGCCGCGGCGGCCAAGGCCCCAAUCCGUCCACCACCAGGACCCUCUCGACGGCGAGGAUGACGACGACGACUACCCAUACGCUCCGUCGGCCCGCCCUGGCCACCCUCCGGGCCAUCCCAGUGCUGGCUGGGGCCACAUUCCCCAGCAUGCCCCCAACGGCUACGCCCCAAGCUUGAUGUCGGAUCCACGCUUCCCAUAUGCCUUCCCCGGCGGCGGCACCCAGUCGCCUGCGGGCCAGCUGGUUCCGUUUGGCCACGACACACACGCCGCCUAUGCUCAGAAUCCCUUUGCGCCCAAUGGACAGAAUCCCUUUACCCAGGGCCCCCCUUCGGCUGCAGAUCCGCGAGCUGGCUACUUUCCCGAAUACCAGGACUCGCGCCAUCAGGACUCGCGUCCGCCACGCAGAGGCCAUCGCAACUCCAUGCCGCCAGCGCCCCCGGGGGACAUGAUGCCUUAUUCGCCAAUGGGCUACUACCCACCAUACGGCGCCCCGCCGUAUGGCAUGCCGCCUCACAUGUAUCCGCCUUAUGGACAUGCACAGCAUCCCUCCCCUCCGCCGCAGCACCCUCCCUCGAAGCGCCCUACCCCGAAGCCCCAGCCCGAAGAAGAACACCAUCCGCCCGCCGCGCCCGCUCCACCCCCACCACCCCAGCCCCCUCAAACUCCGGCUAUGCAGAUGCAGCUUCAGCCAAUGCAGCAGCCAAUGCAGCAACAACAGAUGCAGCAGCAACUCAUGCAGCAGCCCAUGCACCAGCAGCUCAUGCAACAGAUGCACCCCAUGGCCAUGAUGCCUCCGCCACCGCCUCAACAAUCUCCGCAACCCGACCCAAAAGAAGAGGGCAUGCUCUCUAAGCUUGAGAAGCUCUUGCUAGGCAAAGAGGAGGAAGAGAGAAAGGCAGCCGAGAAGGCGAGAAGAGACGCCGAGUUGGCCAAAUUUGAUCGCCUUGAGAACCUGCUCAUCUCUCAGCAAGAAGCCAAAAUAGAGAAGGAGAAGGCAAAGAAAGAGGCGGCUGAGAAGGCUGCACAGGAAGCUGCCGAGGCAAAGAAGAGGGGCGACGAGGAUAAGCUCGCCAAGCUCGAGAGCCUUAUCCUUGCCCAGAAAGACGAGCAACUCAAGCGUGAGGCGGCCGCGGACGCGGCUCGUGCAGCCGAAAAGGCAGCUGCAGAUGCAGAGGCCACCAAGAUUGCCGAAGAGAAGAAAGCCGCUGCGGAAAAGGCAAAGUCACUGCUCGAAGCAGCGCAAAAGGCACGCGAGGAGGCCGAGAAGAAGGCGGCCGCGGAAGCCGAAGAGACCAAGAAGGCCCAUGAGAAGGCUUUGGCAGAGGCAAAGGCUGCUGCAGAGGAGCUUGAAAAGGGAAAGAAGGCCGCGGAAGAAGAAGCUGCGAAGCUGAAGCCUUCCGACGCUCCAAAGGCCCCGAUCAAGUUCAAGGACGCCGGUAUGGAAGAACUGAUCAAACAAGCUUUCCUGCAUGUCGAUGUGAUUGGUCCUCAUGUGCAUGAAGGCCACUACGACCUCGUCGGACCUGAUGGCGAGAUCAUCCUGCCCCAGGUUUGGGAAACCAUGAUUCAACCCGACUGGGCCAUCACCAUGCACAUGUGGCCAAUGCCUGAGCCUCCACCACCUCCGCCCGAGCCGCCGAAGGAGGCAUUUCCUCCACCCCCGCCCCCUCCACCGGAUGCUCAAAUGUUCAUGUCAAGCCAUCUUCCACUAAAGGGAAAGGGCAAGAGGGACAAGAGCCGGAAGCGAGAAUCUCUGUCACAUGCACACAUUGUGCAACUCCCACCCCCUCCAGUCGGCUUGCCUGCGGGAGCAAUGGCUCCUCCACCGCCACCACCGCCACCUCCUGGGCAUUCUGCUGGCGGUCCGCUACCACCCCCACCUGCAGUUGUUGUCAUGCCUAGCGGUAGUGGCAGCUCUGGGAGUUCUUCUCGCAAGAAGCCCGCCCCAUCACCGUUCUUCAGAUGGGCUGCUGGUACCACCGCUCGCAAGGAUUCUGUCAAGAAGAAGAAGUAA